UUCUCUGAAGUUCAGUCCUCUUCACACACCCCUCUCGCACUGUUGGACCCAGGUGGAACUAUAGAACUUAGAACCUCUCCGGAAUGUAUUAGUAAUUUAAUUAGUGAUGAAUUGGUUUUAAUGUAUUUAUUCUCUCACAUUUUACUUGGUUCAUUUAUUAGUUCAUAUUUUUCGACAUUUUUCACAGACCUAUAUUUUGGACAGCUGAGUGGGAGCGGGGCCAGCUUUGCAGGCUGGGUAGGUAUCAUCAUCGCCACGGCCACCAACGACUGGGUGCGCACCUGCGACUACACUGUCACCACCUGUGUGCGCAUGGACGAGCUGGGCGCGCGAGGCCUCUGGGCAGAGUGUGUCAUCUCUCCCUCACUCUACCACUGUGUGACGCUCAACCAUAUCCUCACACUGCCAGCAUACAUCCAGACAUGCCGUGCUUUGAUGGUGUGUGCGUGCCUAAUGGGGCUUCCUGCGAUGGGGCUGGUGCUGAUGUCCAUGCCCUGUGUCAGACUCGGAGAUGAGAUCCCCGCUACCAAACUACGCCACGGCAUGGUCGGGGGUGCUCUCACCUUUAUUGUGGCUCUCUGUGGAUUGGUGUCGACCAUCUGGUUUCCUAUUGGUGCUCACGCAGAGGAGGGUCUGAUGUCAUUCGGCAUCUCACUGUACACCGGAUGGGUCGGCUCCGUCCUCUGCCUCCUGGGGAGCUUCAUGAUUUUGUGUUGCUGCGGUGAUGACCCCUCGGCAACCCCCCAAAGGCAGCAGAACAGCUACUAUUACUCCAGACAGGCAGGGGGUGCCGACACGCCCAUCAACCUUGCCACUACCGCAGUAGUCACGGGCAACCAUGCCAAGAGCGCACAUGUGUAAGAAUGUGCAUUUGUGAGAGUUGGAGUUCUAGGCCAACUACAUUGAAGACAUAUGCCAGAUCUAACAACACCUGCAUAGUUAUUUAACAUACACUAUACAUACAAAAGUCUGUUAACCCCCCUUCAAUUUAGUGGAUUUGGCUAUUUCAGCCACACCCGUUGCUAACAGGUGUGUAUAAAAUUGAGCACACCGCCAUGCAAUCUCCAUAGACAAACAUUGGCAGUAGAAUGGCCUUACUGAA